AUGUAUAUCUCCACUGUCAUCAAGACUGCUCUGUUCCUUGCAGCAUCCGUCCCCGUGCAAGCCUGGAACAGGCUGGACAAAGACAACGCUGCUCUCCUGGUUAUCGAUCAUCAAGUUGGUCUCGCUCAAGUCGUCCGUGACUAUUACACGAAUGACUUCCGCAACAACAUCCUAGGCCACGCAGCGCUGGGAAAUGUCUUCAACCUGCCAACGGUGCUGACCACUUCCUCUGACCAAGGCCCAAAUGGCUUGAUGGUGAAGGAGAUCAUCGACAUGCACCCGAACGCAACCCUUGUGCGUCGCCAGGGCGAGGUCAACGCCUGGGACAAUGCCGAGUUCCGUGCCGCCGUGAAGGCCACUGGCAAGAAGCAGCUGAUCAUUGCUGGUAUUGUGACUGAGGUCUGCACGUCUUUCUUGGCACUGUCCCUUGUCGAUGCCGGGUAUGAAGUUUUCGCCAAUACCGAUGCUAGUGGCACAUUCAACGUUCGUCUCGCGGAGGAUGCGAAUCGUCGCAUGGAGAAGGCCGGUGUGACGCUGAUGGGAUUGUUUGGUGUCGUCUGUGACCUUAUGCGGGAUUGGAGAGGCACCCCUGGCCUCAAUGAGGUGCUGCCGUUCCUUGACAAGUAA